AUGGACGAGUUCAAGCCGCACGAGGAAGGAGCCGCAGACUUUGGGCAGGUGCCCAUCGAGAAGGUGCAGGAGUACUGGGACAGACGGCCCUGCAACCUCUUCCACUCCACCGCCGACCGCGGCACCCGCCUCUACUUUGACGAAGUCGAGCGCCGCAAGUACUUCGUCGAGCCCCACAUCCCCGGCUUCGCCUCCUUUCCCGACUGGAAGGGCAAACGGGUGCUUGAGCUGGGGUGCGGGCUGGGUACGGAGAGCAUCAACUUUGCGCGCCACGGGGCCGAGCUGACGCCUCGACCUCGCCCGCCAGCGGUUCGAGCUCUACGCCUCCACGCCGACUUCCACCAGGCCAACGCCGAAGAGCUCGAUCAGGUGCUGCCCGAGGGAACGCCGCUGUUCGACUUGGUGUGGUCGUUCGGCGUGAUUCACCACACGCCGCACCCGGAGAAGGCCAUCCAGCAGAUCCGUCGACUCUUGAAGCCCGGCGGAGAGCUGAGAGUGAUGCUCUACUCAAAGGUGAGCUUCAAGCUGUUCUUCCUCAUGAAGGAGACCGGCGAGUGGGACUUCUCCAAGAUGGACCAACUCAUCGCCAAGUACUCCGAGGCCCAGACCGGUUGCCCCGUGACGUACACCUACACGUUCGAUGACGUGCGUCGCCUGCUGGAGGGGUUCGAGGUGGUCGAGAUGACGAAGGACCACAUCUUCCCCUGGAAGAUCGAUGACUACAAGCAGCACCGCUACGUCAAGGAAGACUACUGGAAGGACGUGGACGAGGCCACCUUCAGGCAGCUGGAGCAGGAGCUGGGCUGGCACACCCUCGUUCGUGCGCGUCUCCUGUAG